GUGGGGGGGGGCACGGGAGGCGUGGACGUGCGGCCAUGGCGGUGCUGGGAUACUGGGAUAUCCGUGGGCUGGCCCAUGCCAUCCGCCUGCUGCUGGAGUACACAGAGACCCCCUAUGAGGAGAAGAUCUACAGCUGCGGGGAAGCUCCUGACUAUGACAAGAGCCAAUGGAUCAAUGAGAAGGAGAAACUGGGCCUGGACUUCCCCAAUCUCCCCUACUUCAUCGAUGGGAAGGUGAAGCUGACGCAGAGCAACGCCAUCCUGCGCUACAUCGCCCGCAAGCACAAGAUGUGUGGGGACACGGAGGAGGAGAUGCUGCGCGUGGACGUGCUGGAGAACCAGGUCAUGGAUUUCCGCAUGAGCCUGGUCAUGGUCUGCUACAACCCUGACUUUGAGAAGCUCAAGCCAGGAUACCUGGAGCAGCUCCCGGGGAAGCUCAAGCUCUUCUCCAGCUUCCUGGGUGACAGGAAGUGGUUUGCGGGCGAGAAGCUCACCUUCGUGGACUUCCUGAUGUUCGAUGUUCUGGACCAGAACCGCAUCUUUGAGCCCAAGUGCUUGGAGCCCUUCAAGAACCUCAAGGAUUUCAUGGACCGCUUUGGGGCCCUGGAGAAGGUGGCUGCCUACAUGAAGUCCAACCGCUUCCUGAAGAUGCCCAUCAACAACAAGAUGGCCAAGUGGGGCAACAAGAAGGAGUAGGGGGGCUCAGUGUGGGGCUGGGGGGGGGGGGUCCUCACUCGACCUGCCCCCUCCCAUGGGGGGCAGAGCUGCCUUGAGGUUCUCCAUCUCAAUAAAGUGCUUUCAUUGUGACACCCUGAGCCCCACAA